AUGGAAGAGGCUCUCGCUAUGAACCGAUUUAUGCUUUAUGAAACCAAAUCUCGCUACUAUGUCGUCGGAACAAGCACUGGUGGCAGCCAGUUCCGUGUCCUCAAGAUUGAUCGAACUGAUGCUAAAGAUAUCAACAUUGUCGCUGAUCCAACCACCUAUUCAGAGCCCGAAGUCACCGAUUUGCUCAACAUGAUUGCUCAAGGCAAUACAAACGACUUUAGACUUGUAACGCCAUUCUACGCUCUCAUGGGCUUUAUUCGAUUCCUCGAAGGGCACUAUAUGAUUCUGGUUACAAAGAGAAAGGUCGCUGCUGUGCUAGGCGGACACUGUAUUCAUCACAUUGAGGGCACCAUGAUCCUUCCAGUGUGGGGACCUUUGACCAAAGUAGAUAGAAAACCAGACGAAACACGAUAUACACAACUACUAGCAACUUUGGAUUUGACCAAGGGCUUUUACUUUUCAUAUACUUACGACUUGUCACAGACUCUUCAACUCAACCUGACGGGUCAAGCAAACAGUACAUCGUCAGUGCUCCCAAGCAAGUUUGUCUGGAAUACCCAUCUUUUGGAAUCGGUAGAGCCAAACUCUGAAUGGUUUAUUCGAGUCAUUUAUGGAUUUGUUGGUCAAUUCAAAAUAUCCGUGUUGGGCAGACCACUGUUUGUCACCUUGAUUGCUCGUCGAUCCAGACAAUUUGCUGGGGCACGGUUCUUUCGACGUGGAGUCAAUGACAAAGGCGCCGUCGCAAAUGAAGUGGAAACAGAACAGAUAGUUCAUGAUGGCAAUACAACAUCAUUCUUCAGCCCUGCUGGACGAUUAGGGCACAAGCCAUCCUACACGUCAUUUGUACAACAUCGCGGGUCCAUUCCGCUCUUUUGGUCGCAAGAACCAUCAAAUGUUGUCGCCAAGCCACCGAUAGAAUUGACACGAGUGGAUCCAUACUUUUCUGCCGCUGCUAUGCAUUUCGAUGAUCUCUUUUAUCGUUAUGGACCUCGUGUUAUAUGCCUUAAUCUUGUCAAGGCCAAAGAAAAAACUCCCAGAGAAUCAAAAUUGCUGCACGAGUACACGCGAUGUGUACAGUACUUGAAUCAGUUCCUACCCGACGACCGCAAAAUCAAGUAUUAUGCUUUCGACAUGGCAAGGGCAACCAAGUCUGACGACCAGAAUGUGAUUGAAUAUUUGGAGAACUUUGCCGACAAAGUAUUGGCAACCACAGGUUUCUUCCACUCUGGUGCUGAACCAUUCGUGAAUGCAUUACGAGCAGCCAACUCUGGGUCGACUGAAGUCAAUCGUAUACUGGCGAGACGACAGAAUGGUGUGGUCCGAACAAACUGUAUUGAUUGCUUGGAUAGGACGAAUGCUGCUCAAUUCCUGAUCGGCAAAUGUGCUCUGGGACAUCAGUUGCAUGCUCUAGGCCUUCUUUCUUCACCGAAGGUGCCAUUCGAUACCGAUGCUACUAUUCUAUUCAACCAAGCAUACCAUGAGCAUGGAGAUGUGCUAGCUAUGCAAUAUGGUGGUAGCCAUCUGGUCAAUACCAUGGAAAAUUAUCGAAAAAUGUCAGACUGGCAAUCACAAUCAAGGGACAUGUACGAAAGUGUUCGACGUUGGGCUUCGAAUUCAUUUACAGAUGCUGAGAAGCAGGAUGCAAUUAAUUUGUUUCUGGGUACAUAUGUCCCUUACGAGAACACAACAGCUCUAUGGGAUAUGAAGACGGACUUCUUCUUGCAUAAUGAAGAUCCUAGAUCACGACAACCACUGCGAAGCUACACUCAAUGGUGGACUGCCAAUUCAUUUACCUUUUUGAAUGAUUCACCUGAGAGACCCAUGAAAGACUCCUAUUUUGAAGAAUACUAUCGACUCCGUGCUCUGACUACAUUUGCAGAGUCUUUUGCCUUCACUAUGAACUCGACAACCAGGAUUCUGCGAGAUGAUUCAUCUUCUCUCAGCCCUUUUGUAGUUAGGGUGGAUCCUUCGCAGCCUACUCGGUUCAGUAUGGGUGAUGUCAAGCGAUUUGUCACUCUCAAAAACAAGGAGCAAACUGAUGAAGCUCCGAGUAUUGGACCAACAUCUAGUGGAAAGCAACAGAACGGUUCAGGUCGUGACCAGGAUAUUGAUUGGACUUCGACAAAGUCGGUUGCAUUACGAAUGCUUUAUCCAAAGCUGUCAUCAGCCGAAUUCAAGAAUUACAAAAGGUAUACGAGUGAGUUCUCUACCGGACCACUUGCUCCACCUGCAGAUAUCCAACUGGGCAAUGCGCUAUCACCACCACAAGAAAUAGCUACUACCGAAACAGGUCCACUACCCCCAGUUCCGCCACAUCCUGAAGCGAGCCUCUUUGCCUCAUGGGUAAAAUCCACAGGCGUCUCUACAAGUCACUACGACAAGUCUCUUUAUAAUCAAUACUGUACAACUGCGAAGACCUCAUACUGGAUAUCAGCUACGUUUUCUGAGAAUCAGAAUGCUAUGGAUAGUUAUGGCCAUUGGUUGAAGAAGGGCCAAUGGAAUGCUUCUGCUACUGUAUAG